AAAUAAAUUGCGCUCCACCAUUUUAAAUUCCAACAAAAGUUUGCAAGGCGUGGAAUCAAGCGGUGUUUCUUCUCAAAAAUUGUGUUAAAUUAUUUAAUUUAAACCAAGACAUUUCUCUUAAAAUCUUUUAAAAAAAUGGCUCCAAAACUUUUCUGCAAACUGUGCAUGAAUAUGCCCAAAAGAAAUGGCAUCACAAAAAUCAAUUCUCUACCCAAAACUUUUACUAUACUUUUGGAACAAAUGAGUGGAAUGAAGUUUAACAAAGCCGAAUCCCUUGACAUGGUUAUUUGCUUGAAAUGCCUCAAUUUUCUGAAGAACAUGGACAAUUCAGCAACAACACCCAAGUCGAACAAGAUUUCAGAGGAGGGUAAGAAGAGAGUAUUUAGGUUAAUGGAAAAGAAACGGGUUCCGGCUGGCGAAGCCAUUGAGAUUGUUUUGGCUGAACAAAGAGCCAAAGAGUUGCUUCUCGAAUCGGGUUUGAAUCCAAAUGAUAAUGGGCCAAAUAAUAUGGCGUCACCGACCCAACCCAAAAUACCUAGAUUGAACGGUUCCCAACGCAAAAAGGCAAACAUUUUGGUCGAAGCUGGCAUGGACCCUGAAGCUGCUAAGCAGCUUAUUUAUGCUGCAAAGAUAGCAAAUGCUGCUGUUAAUUCUACUGCCCAGACCAAUCCAGAUCUGGUGGCAAGUAUGAUGCAAAUGCAAGGACCAAUUGGUCCAAUUAGGCCUAACCAACAAAAUGUCCAGAGGCCUGGUGUUCAAAGAAAUAAUCUUCAACAAGGGGUAGGUGGUCAAAGAAAUAAUCAGCAGCAAAGGCCAGGUGGUCAAAGAAUCAAUCAGCAACAGGGGGCAGGUGGCCAGAGAAAUAAUAAUAACCAGCCACAAGGUCGUAACACACAAAUCGGAAAGGCAAGACCUGCCCAAGUCGGUCAAGCUAAAGCCGCUCAACCUAAAGCCGCACAAAAAACCCCUGUUCAGCGAGUUGCUCCCCAAAAUUCUGGUCCAGGCCCAAAGGGUUCUAACCAAAAAGGGAACGCUAAUCAAAAGGUCGUUCCCAACCAAAAAGCCGCACCUGUCAAGAAACCCACUAUUUCACCUGGCAUUCUUAUCCCACAAACCAGGCGACAAAACAAUAACUCAGGCGGAGGAAGAGGUGCUGGACCAAUUGUCGCUCAGCGUCGCAAUGAACGUCCAGCUCCCUACAACACCAAUAAUCGCCAACAAAACCAAUCUUUCCAGCAAAACCAAUCUUACCAGCAAAACAAUAAUAACAACUUCAACAACCAACUUAACCAACAACAGCAAUGCCAAAAUUCUUCUUCUUAUGAAGUUGGCAUUGUGCCCAUUAAUUAUCCCAAUGAUAUUUUUGACAAUUUGAAACUUGAUGCCCUCAAAGAGGCCAUCACCAAUGAGAUUUUGAAGAUUCCCCAAGGCGGUCCACUUAUCCGUUUCUUGGGCACAACUUCUCAGAACGGCUGGUUGAAGAUUAUUUGUGCUGAUCAGUUGAGUUAUGAUUGGUUGGCGAUGUUGGUUUCACGUUGGGAGCGCGCCGGAGUUCGCAUGGUCGAGGGCAAUAAUAUGCCCGGCAAUAACAUGUCGAAUUCUGCGAUUCUCAGUGUUUAUCUUGAGGGAGAUUUCCGUUCUCCCAAUGAGAUUCUCAGUAUUAUUGAAAAACAAAAUAAUGGUUUGAGUGCAAACCAGUGGCAAGUCAUGAAUCGUGAAUCGGAUGGCAAUGGCCAAUUGAUAACGGUUGGUGUGAGUGAGCGAUGCUUCCAGGCUCUGCAAAAUCGCAAUUUUAUGGUAUUCCUUGGCCUGGGUGUUGUUGAAAUGCAGCCAAAGAAUUUAAACAACUCGAAUAAUGGGGGUUCGUUUAAUCAGAAUUCUUCAUUGCAAAAUUUCUCACGCAAUGAUAAUAAUGGUAAUUUUGGUGGCAAAAAUAUGAUGCAAGGUGGCAUGGGUGGAAUGGGUAAUAAUGACAAUUUCAGAUCAAAUUUUAAUAAUAAUAAUAAUUCUGGACGCGGUAAUUUUGGUAAUAAUGGCAACAAUUAUCAAAAUCAAAAUGCAAACGUAGGCAAUCAAUUUGGUGGUGGAUACCAAAACCAAAGAAAUUGGUAAAUUGGUUUUUAUUUAAAAUUAGCUUAAGCAGUGUUUUUUUUUCUAACCAAGAACAAAACAAACUUAAUUUAAACUUAAAUGUACAACAUUAUGAAAUAGAAAUAAAACAAAAAACUAAGUAAUAAAUUACUUAGAAUACUCCAUUUUUUGGGUUUUGUAAAUUUUGAUUUGUAAACAUUGGUGGUUUAAAAAUAAGACGGUAAUUUUGAUUUCUAUAAAAAAGUUACUUGUUUUUUUUUUGAACCAUCAAUUUUAUUGAAUAAUAAUGUAUUAGGCUGUAAUGAAGCCUAUUACAUAAACAAAAUGAUGUGUUAAAAAUCAAAUUAAGUGCAUUUUUUGUAUUUAUCUUAGUUUGGUUUGCCCUGCCCUUGAAUAAACAAAAUAAACAAAUUGAAUGGAACUGUAAAUAAAAAAAUUCUCUGUACUAUCCUUAUUUGUCGCAUGAAUCCCAAUUAUCAGACAUGUUUUGAUUUUAUAAUUUUAAUUUGUGAAUUCACAAACCGAACGAGAAUAUUUUUAAGAAUAUUAAAUUCGUAGUGUAAUUUUCAUUUGGCUACUCUUUCCAAUACUGCAAACAAUUUGUUGUUUUUCGCAAAAGACGCUUAAGAGACAAAAAACACCUUUCUGGUAAAUUUAUUCCAAAGAAUCUGACAUAAGUCAUCAAGUAAGGUGAUUGUUAAGGUAAAUUCCGUCUGCUUGCACUUUGCAAAACAAACGCUCUUUACUCGAAUUUAAAGAAAACAAAUGGAAUCAUCGCCAAUAUUCAAUGAUGAAAUCAAUUUCCAUCGUAUUUGAAUUCAAUUACAAUGAUAACAGGAGUUUGAAAAAAUCCUUCACCAUCAACAUGUCGUUCGUUGUAAAAAUUAUUAAAAUAACAAACCUUUUUGACUAAUUUCCGAUAGUUGUAUUUGCGCUACAAGCUAUUUGCUUGUAGCGCAAGACAGCUCCAUAAUACAUUUACAGCGAUUUGUGUUUUCGCUCGUUCAAAUUUUGAAAGUAUGUACUACAAGCUACAGCUUCAUACGCGCAUUAUAUUCAGCCAGUAACUCUUAGGGCUGGGAACUCGAACCCAAACCUUUACCGUACUACGAAGACAAUGGUAAAGCUGAAGCUACACCUUGUGGUAAUGUCAAAGUUGAAAGAACGAAAAUAGUUUGCAGCGGUACAAUUUUUUGUGGCAUAACACAAUGCAAUAUUGUGUUUAAGCGGUUUUAUUUAUUCAAAAAUGUAGGGCUAUUCAUCCUUACUUCGGUAAUUGGUAAAUCGUGAAUGGAGUUCCAGCUUCUCUUGGCUUUUUGUGUGUUGGAAAUCAACUUUUUGGUUAAUUUUCUUGUGAAAACUUUUUUAGGUAAAAAAUUC